UGAACCGCGUUGCCUGUGGAGAUAAACACGACAGGCAGCCCCUCAGGUGGACCUUCUUACACCACUCGCAGCUGGUAUAGGUGGUCCUGGUCAAUCUUACACCACUCGCAGCUGGUAUAGGUGGUCCUGGUCAAUCUUACACCACUCGCAGCUGGUAUAGGUGGUCCUGGUCAAUCUUACACCGCUCGCAGCUGGUAUAGGUGGUCCUGGUCAAUCUUACACCACUCGCAGCUGGUAUAGGUGGUCCUGGUCAAUCUUACACCACUCGCAGCUGGUAUAGGUGGUCCUGGUCAAUCUUACACCACUCGCAGCUGGUAUAGGUGGUCCUGGUCAAUCUUACACCGCUCGCAGCUGGUAUAGGUGGUCCUGGUCAAUCUUACACCACUCGCAGCUUCCCAGGUGGUCCUAAUCCACCUCGUCUAGUAACAGCUGUCCUGGUGGUGUUGAUUUACCUGCUUUAUCCACUACUAGGGGGUGCAAGCAGUGCUGAUCCACCUCUACCUCAGCAAGCUACCUCCUCUUCCACUUGCAGGUGGUGCUGAUCCACCACCUCAUCCACAAGCAGCUUUUGCAGGUGAUACUGACCAACCUUUUUCACUAGCAACUGGUGAAGGUGGGGCUAACCCACCAUCUCUUCAACUAGCAGCUGUUGCAGGUGGCGCUGACUCCCACAUCUUCCACUAGCAGGUGGCGCUGUUUCACCUCUACUCUGCUAACAUGAUCUCGCUGGCCAUUCCCGACCUGGGGACCUGGGAGGGGAAGAUAUUUAUCGGCAUCUUGGGCUUCUCCUGGGCCACUUACAUGUGGGAGGAAUACCUGGCAUACAGACAGCGUCGAGUGUAUCGAGAGAAAGUGGAGCCACCAGAGGAACUAAAGGGUAUUAUGGAGCGGGUCACAUAUGAGAAGGCUCGAGUAUAUGGCCUUGACAAGAGCAAUUUUAGCCUUAUUGAGGGAGCCUUCAGUCAAGUUUUGAGCACAGGAAUUAUGGUGUGUGGAGGUUUCCCAGCAUUAUGGGCUGCUUCUGGAAGGUUAUCGGCAUGGCUGGGGUUUAAUGCUGAUGCAGAAAUCCCUCAGACUGUAACUUUCGUCUGUUUAGGGUCACUCCUCAACACCAUCAUGAGCCUUCCCUGGUCAGCAUAUUUUACUUUCAAGGUGGAGCAGAAACAUGGCUUUAACAAACAGACUCCAGGGUUCUUCUUGAAGGAUAAGUUGAAGAAAUUCAUUGUGUCACAGAUCAUUUGUACACCAGUUGUAUCAGGCUUGGUCUACAUCAUCAAGGCUGGUGGAGACUACUUUUUCCUGUACCUGUGGGGCUUUACAAUGGUGGUUGUGAUGUUUUUCAUGACAGUGUAUCCAGAUUAUAUAGCACCGCUCUUUGAUAAGUAUGAGCCCCUUCCUGAAGGUGAACUCAAAACCAGAAUAGAACUCUUAGCAGCAGAGAUCAAAUUUCCCCUUACUAAACUAUAUGUUGUUGAAGGGUCAAAGAGAUCAGCUCACAGCAAUGCUUAUUUCUAUGGUUUCUUUAAGAAUAAACGCAUUGUUUUGUAUGAUACGUUGCUGGAGGAGUACACUCCACUUAAUGACAAGGGAGAAGCUGAAGAGAAGGAGCCAAGCAAGGAGGAUAACCCUGGCAAGAAAACUGGCUGUAACACAAGUGAGGUGUUGGCCGUGUUGGGUCAUGAGCUUGGCCACUGGAAGCUCAAUCAUGUUCUGAAAGGCAUCAUCAUCUCACAAGUAAACUUGUUCCUGGUCUUUUCUGUAUUUGGCUCCUUGUACAAGUACUCACCUCUUUACCGAACCUUUGGAUUCUACCGUACUCAGCCAGCCUUUGUUGGGCUCAUUAUUGUCAUGCAGUUUGUUUUUGCUCCCUAUAAUGAGAUUUUGCAGUUUCUCUUGACAAUGUUUAGCCGCUACAACGAAUUCCAAGCAGAUACUUUUGCCAAGAAACUUGGUCACGCUGUGAACCUGAAAUCUGCUCUAAUCAAGCUUAAUGAAGACAAUUUAGGCUUUCCUGUGUAUGACCCACUUUACUCGGCCUGGCACCACUCACAUCCACCAAUACUGGAGAGAAUCAGGGCCUUAGAAAAGAAACAAAAGGAAGAUUAGUUAGAAAGGCCUAGUUUACUAAUUAAUUGGGACCACAUUCUAAUGAUUCCUUAAAAAUGGGAAUGGUAAACUUAUUGUGCAUCAGCUUGACUGAGCAUAGGAUGUGCACAGGUGUGAUGUGAAUGGCACCACAUUGUAGGACCAGGGUGGAAUUGUCUCCCUGUUUCUUUGUAAUUUAUAUAUUUUGGAACUAAAAGGAUAUGAACUUCAGUUCCAAAAGUUUGUCUGUAUUGAUCUGCAUGUUACAUUUCACUGGCCAUUGUACAAAAUAGCCCAGAGUUCCUCUUUAAUGUGUACAAAAUGUUCAAUCCCAAGGAGUGCACAUCAUUUAGCUGGGGAAGAUGUAAUCAUCACUUUAAACUUUAUUUAACAAAGGUUGAUUCUAUAUAUAGAAAUUUGUUCAGGAUUUGGUUAGUUUAUUUUUUUAUGAUUAUCAUCUCUGAGCUUUUUUUUAUAUUGAGUGUGUGUGUGUGUGUUUACUGUCUGUGUCUCUGUACCAGUACAAGCUUUUAUGUAUUUUCAUUAGUACUUGUAACAUUAGUACUUGUAACUUUUAUACAAUGAUUUUUCUAGUCUGCUUGACAUAAAAAUAUACAGCAAUUGAAGAGUCCUUUGGAGGAAGCGUUUGUGAAGCCAUUUGUCAUGGUUCAUAUUAAACAAAAUAAUUAA